AUGUUUCUCUUUUUUAGCAGGUAGCAUAUAGGUCUGAAGGGCUCUAACGAUUUCAAAUAAAAUGUUAGGGUACAUAGCGCUUGAGAUUCCUCAACUUUUGGCAUACGACACAUGCUUGUAAUAAAACCCGUUUCAAAGUUAUUGUGUUGUUUUGGGUGUUUGAAAGUUUAGAAAACUCGCUUUUUUGUUUUACCUUCUAAACAUUUAAGGCAUUAAUACCAAUGCUCGCACGAAAAAUAUCUAAUUAUGGAACCAUAAUCAUGUGUAUGUCAUAAAAGCGAUCGACACAAAAGAAACUACCCAUUCGCAGUCGCUUGAGAGACCUCCACCGAGUCGGUGGCUAUUUGUAACAAUCGGAAAAAAAGCAAAAUUCAGAUGCAUUUGGGAGGGGCUUUGCACAUCUUUCUCUUGGGCCUGGUGGCUCUCCAGCAACUGGACUUGGGUGCUGGGUCCCGCAUCCUGGCAGCCUUCUUUUUCCCUGGGAAGAGCCACUUCAUGAUGACCAACGCCAUCAUCAGGGAGCUUAUAAAACAGGGACACGAAGUUACAUUUAUCACCCCGUUUUCCAUGGCGAAGGAACAGCUUGGUCCGAACUACACGGAAAUAAUGAUUCCAAAGUACGAUUUCUGGCCAGAAGCUAAGGACGUAACGAGCACCAACAGCGUGGUAGAGAUGUCUGAUAUCUCGAGUUUUACCUUUAUCCAGCUGGUCAAUAUUAUGGGUAUUCGGAGCACCGACUUUGCAUUCGAGCAGCCGGAAGUUCAGGCCAUAAUCAAUGUCAAGGAUAAAACCGGGAAGUACGAUCUGCUGCUGGCACCUCAGUUCUACAACGAGGGUGCUCUCAUCUUGGGUCACCUGUACCAGAUCCCCAUCAUAACUAUUUCGACCCUAGGGUUCUCUAACUUUUUUAGCCAGCUGGUUGGCAUUGUCUCUCCGUGGUCCUAUGUUCCACAUGGCUUUAUGCCCUAUACGGAUCGUAUGUCACUUUGGGAGCGAAUUGGAAAUAUAGGUAUCAGUGGUGCCGAAGACCUUCUCAGGAAGUUCUCCUACUAUCCCAUGCAGAAUGCCGUUUUAACUAAGCACUUCUCACACUUGCUGGAUAGAGUUCCCACUAUCAAGGAGUUGGAGCGUAAUAUCUCUGCGAUUCUGCUGAACAACUAUAUGCCACUGAUAUCGCCCAGGCCGAUUUCUUUCAACAUGAUUUUAGUGGGCGGACUGCACAUUCAGCCGCCCAAGCUCCUUUCGCACGACCUGAAGAGUUUCCUGGAUGAAGCUAGGCAUGGAGCUAUUUAUUUCAGUUUAGGUUCUCAAGUUCGCAGUGCCGAUCUUUCGCCAGAAAAACUCAAGAUAUUCCUGGAAGUAUUUGCAGGUCUGAAGCAGCGCGUUCUCUGGAAAUUCGAAAAUGAAACUCUGCCAGGUCUGCCGGCCAAUGUGAAAGUUCAGAGUUGGUUGCCUCAGGCCGACAUCCUAGCACACCCAAAUGUCAAGGUUUUCAUCGCCCACGGCGGACUCUUUGGCAUCCAGGAGGCGGUGCACAAUGGAGUACCAAUACUGGGAAUGCCCGUCUACUGUGAUCAGCACCUGAACAUUAACCAAGCAGAAAAGGCCGGAUUUGCUUUGAGACUGGAUUACCGAACACUAACAGCAGAACAGCUUCGAAAAUCACUUCUUGAGCUGAUCGAAAAUCCCAAGUAUCGCAAUAAAAUGAAGCAAGCUUCAAGGGUGUUCCGUGAUAGGCCACUUAAAGCUAUGGAUACGGCGAUGUACUGGAUUAACUAUGUGAUCCAGCACAAGGGAGCUCCCCACCUGGUAGCUGCUGGCGUGGAGCUGCCCUGGUACCAGUUCUACCUCCUGGACAUCGUGGCCCUUGCUCUGGCCGCCAUUCUGCUGCCACUUGUAGCCAUAAUCCUGACCUGCCGCUGUUACAGAUCUAAAAACUAUCCGGGGAAGAAGGCUAAGAAGACUUGGCAAAGGACGAAGCAAGAUUGACCUCUGUUAUUUUAACAAACGUAAAAUUUUAUACUGAUGAAGGUGAUUUGAUAGAAAAAACGUGUUGAAAUAAUUUUUUUUUAAAUUUUGUUAUUGGUAUAGUAAAGUGCCUCGCCUAUCAGGCAAUCAACUUUUAAGCAUAUAUGCCUCUUGUACACUUUUUCACUGGCUGUGACGGUAUUGACGAUGACCUCGCUGUAAAAUUAUUACUUUUGGUUUGUUUCUUUAUCUCGAAAAAAUGUUCCUCAUCAUUGAAAUCUUA